GCCUUGCCAGAAAUGGACAGCCGGAUUCCUUAUGAUGACUACCCUGUGGUUUUCCUGCCUGCCUAUGAGAAUCCCCCAGCCUGGAUCCCUCCUCAUGAGAGGGUAUACCACCCAGAUUACAACAAUGAGUUGACCCAGUUUCUACCUCGAAUCAUCACACUGAAGAAGCCGCCUGGAGCUCAGUUGGGAUUUAACAUUCGAGGAGGAAAGGCUUCCCAGCUAGGCAUCUUCAUCUCCAAGGUGAUUCCUGACUCUGAUGCACAUCGAGCAGGACUUCAGGAAGGGGACCAAGUCCUAGCUGUGAAUGAUGUGGAUUUCCAAGAUAUUGAGCACAGCAAGGCUGUUGAGAUCCUGAAGACAGCCCGUGAAAUCAGCAUGCGCGUCCGCUUCUUUCCUUACAAUUAUCAUCGCCAAAAAGAGAGGACUGUGCACUAG